AAACAUCGUCACUGCUCUCCUCAAACCUUUUGUCGUUUUCAUUAAGUGCAUGUUAUAAAUAACCAAGAACAAAAUCCUUUCCAAUCCAAUAUUUCAAAUCCCUUUAAUCUUCUUGAUCAAUAAAACACCCCACCCAGAUUGUUAGUUUGCAAUCCCAUCAAAUCAUCUAUCAUCAAUUGCCUAACGUUUCCUUUUUGGUUUAUUGCCGUCUCCCAUAAAUCUAAUCUAAGUUGUUUUAAAGAAAUAAAAUGAGCUGGUGGUGGGCUGGUGCUAUCGGAGCUGCUAAGAAGAAAUUUGAGGAAGAUGAAGCACCGAAAAGCCUCAAGAGCGUUGGGCUGAUCAUUGGAGUCACCGGCAUAGUUGGCAAUAGCUUGGCUGAAAUCCUCCCAUUAUCCGACACUCCCGGCGGCCCAUGGAAAGUAUACGGGGUGGCUCGUCGGCCCAGACCCAACUGGAACGUCGACCAUCCAAUCGAGUACAUUCAAUGCGAUGUAUCCGACCCGAAUGAUACCGAAUCGAAGCUCUCUCAACUUACCGACGUCACCCAUAUCUUCUACGUCACCUGGACCAACCGAACAUCCGAAGCCGAGAAUUGUGAGAUCAACGGUUCCAUGCUUCGCAAUGUUUUGCGUUCCGUGAUCCCAAACGCUCCCAAUCUCCGCCACAUCUGUCUACAAACAGGAGUCAAACAUUAUCUUGGACCGUUCGAGUUGUUGGGUAAAAUCCAACUGCAUGAGUCGCCUUUCACUGAAGAUUUACCGCGGUUGAAUGCUCCCAAUUUUUACUACCAUCAAGAAGACAUCCUCUUUGAAGAAAUCGAGAAAAAAGAAGGAUUAACCUGGUCGGUGCACCGACCCGCAGUCAUAUUCGGGUUUUCGCCUUACAGUUUAAUGAACCUCGUUGGCAGUCUUUGCGUUUACACGGCCUUUUGCAAACACGAAGGCAAACCGUUAUACUUUCCUGGGAGCAAAGCCGCUUGGAACUGUUAUUUUGAAGUUUCGGAUGCGGAUUUGAUUGCGGAGCAACAUAUAUGGGCGGCGGUGGAUCCGUAUGCCGAAAACGAAGCCUUUAAUGUGACUAAUGGGGACGUUUUCAAGUGGAAGCAUUUGUGGAGCGUUUUGGCAGAGCAAUUUGGGAUAGAAGAAUUUGGGUUCGUGGAAGGGGAGAACCGGGGGUUGGAGGAGAUGAUGAAAGGGAAGGAAGGAGUUUGGGAAGAAAUAGUGAAGGAGAACCAGUUGCAGAAGACGAGUUUGCAGGAGGUGGGAAAUUGGUGGUUUACGGAUGCGAUACUUUCGGCUCCGUUGCAGUUGCCGCUGGUCAGUAUGAAUAAGAGCAAGGAGCAUGGGUUUUUGGGGUUUAGGAAUUCUCAGAAUUCGUUUGUUACUUGGAUUGAUAAGAUGAAGGCUUACAAGAUUGUGCCUUGAUCUCAUUCAAUCUCUUGUUCCAAUUUGUCUCCUGGGUUUUCAGAUGAAACUUUUGUUGUUGUAACUCUAAAAUAAGCACAUAAGGUAAGCUAUUAUGGCAGUGGCGUGGAACCGUAAGAUGUUACACACUGGCUGACCUUCAAAUGUUGUCUCCCUGUAUUUGUUUAUGAUGCAUUGUAUUUUAUCCUAUUCUAAUAUUAGAAAUAUACAAUAAAAACUUGUUCGAUUUGACAAAA